GUUGUUUCGCUUCAUUUUUCGUCUUGUGUUUUGUUUACGGUUAAGUUAUUCGUUAAUAAUACGGAAUAUUUCACUAUUUAGUGGUUACAAAAUAUACAUAUGUAUAUACAUAGAAGUUAGUAGCACUUGUAUUUUCAAAUUAAAGCAAGUUUUUAAUUGACAUAUAUGUACAUACGUAUAUUUGACUCAUAUUUUACCUAGACUAAAUUGCAUAAACUAAAGUGCUUCUUUGUCUUUACUUACAUAUGCAUAUGCAAAUACUUAUGUAUGUACGAGCUUACGUAUGUAUGUAAAAGAGUUUCACAAAAAAAUCAAAUAGUUAUAGAUAAACAACAAAUUCAUGUACUAUAAUAUGAAAUUGCAAAUACCGAGAUUUGUGUUAUGAAUGUGCAUAGUGGUAGGCGAAAAGUGUUCGUAGAAGAAUUAGUCUCAGACAUUGUAGGAUGCAGUCCAUAAAAGCCGAUGAAUUGCCAGAAAAUCCACGCGUACGCGCUAAUCCGUUAUCGGCGCUUUUGCUAUGCUUCACUAUACCAAUAUUUUUUAAAGGGCGUAAAAAAACUCUGGAUGAAAAGGAUCUAUAUAAGGCAUUGAAUGAACACAAAUCAGAAACGCUUGGUGUUAAAUUAAAUGCAGCUUGGGAAGCGGAGGUUGAGAAGAAGCGCCUUAAAAACCAAGAACCCAACUUGCUUUUAGCUGUCAUACGCGUAUUUGGGUUUCAAUUUUUAGCUUUAGGAUUUUUACUAUUUUCAUUGGAAAUCGGGCUGCGCGUCACACAACCACUAUUUCUUGGAGGUCUAGUCAAUUACUAUGCGAAUCCCUCUAACCAAGAUGAUAAAUACACCGCAUAUAUUUACGCCUUGGGUGUUAUACUCUGCAAUGCCAUAAAUGUACUCUUCAGGCAUCCUUAUAUGCUGGGUAUACAGCACAUCGGCAUGAAGGUGCGUAUCGCAAUGUGCAAUCUGAUUUAUAGGAAAGCGCUGCGUUUGAACAGAACUGCGUUGGGUGGCACCACAACGGGCCAAGUAGUCAAUCUGAUAUCUAAUGAUGUCGGUCGCUUGGACACAUCCAUCAUGCACAUACAUGUGUUAUGGGUGGGACCCAUAGAGAUCGCCGUUGUCGCCGUGCUCAUGUAUAGAGAGAUCGGAAUCGCCUCGCUGUUCGGAGUCGCAGUUAUGUUAUUAUUCAUACCGUUGCAAGCCUUUUUGGGCAAAAUGACAUCGAAGUUGCGUUUGCGCACAGCAUUGCGCACCGACGAGCGUGUUCGCAUGAUGAACGAGAUAGUCUCGGGCAUACAGGUGAUCAAGAUGUAUGCGUGGGAGAAACCUUUCGGCAAGAUGAUACAGUUUGUACGACGCAAAGAAAUGAUAGCCAUACGCAACAACAACUAUAUACGCGGUAUCUUGCAAUCGUUCGCGAUGUAUAUGACGCGCGUAUCCGUUUUCGUCAGCCUAGUUGGCUACGUGCUCUUGGGAAACUUUCUCACCGCGGAAAAAGCCUUUGUCAUUACUGCCUUUUACAGCAUUUUGCGUAACACCAUGGUUGUGGCCUUUCCAAAUGGUAUUCAACAAAUCGCGGAAACGCUUGUGUCUAUGAAGCGUAUUAAAGAAUACUUAUUAUACGAAGAAAUCGGCGAUAACUCGAGAAUUUCGGCAAAUGCCUGUAAUAAAACUAAGAAAACAGACGACAUGAAUGGUAAUCUAAAUUUAACGAAGAAAAUAACGCAGGAGCUAGCAGAAGAAGCAGGCAUUGAAAUAUGUGAGCUCAAAGCGAAGUGGGAUCCCACCGCAAUAGAGUAUACGCUAAAUAAUGUGAAUUUGGAUGUGAAACCGGCCACACUAGUGGCUGUCAUUGGACCGGUGGGUUCCGGAAAGUCAAGUUUGAUACAAGCCAUUCUUGGCGAACUGCCUGUGGAUUCGGGUUCCAUUACUGUUCACGGAUCCUACUCGUAUGCAUCGCAGGAGCCUUGGUUAUUCACUGGCAGUAUACGGCAAAAUAUACUUUUCGGCUUACCAAUGGACAAACAUCGUUAUCGCACUGUGGUUAAAAAGUGCGCGCUGGAACGCGAUUUCGAGCUGCUGCCGCAUGGCGAUAAAACGAUAGUGGGUGAACGUGGCGCAUCGCUUUCGGGCGGUCAAAAGGCGCGUAUCAGCUUAGCGCGCGCAGUCUAUCGCAAAGCCGAUGUUUACCUGCUCGAUGAUCCACUAAGCGCUGUGGACACGCACGUCGGUCGCCACCUCUUUGAUCAGUGUAUGCGCGGCUAUCUGCACAAUGAAAUCGUAGUUUUGGUUACCCAUCAGCUGCAAUUCUUAGAGCAUGCUGACAUCAUUGUUAUAAUGGAUAAGGGUAAGAUCAGCGCUGUGGGCACCUAUGAGUCGAUGCGUAGUAGUGGUCUGGACUUUGCAAAUUUGCUGACGCCACCAGAAGAGUGUCGUAAGGAGGAUGGUGACACUGAUGUGGAAGCGAAGAGUAAGUCAACACAAAUCAAUAUGAAUCGACAGAAUAGCACUGCGACUAUGAGUUCGAUGGACGAGUCGAUAGCUGACUCGUUAAUUGAUGAAGCAGCUGAUUCGCCUUUGCAAGUGCAGGAGAAGCGUGAGUUGGGUAAAAUUGGUUGGGGCCUCUAUAAAAAGUAUUUUGGUGCCAGUGGCGGCUAUAUGUUGUUCUCAAUAACAGCGUUCUUUUGUGUAGCGUCCCAGAUAUUGGGGUCUACUGGCGACUUUUACGUCUCGAUGUGGGUUAAUAAAAACGAGCAACAACUAGUUAGUCAAGCACGUGAAUUCGCUGUAAACGUUACUAAUGAUACGGACGCGCGCGACGCACGACUGAAUAGUAAUACUAACCCAAUGGAUAUUUAUAUAUUCUUCGGCAUCAUUUUGGCCAUCAUCAUUUUUGCUGUCGGCCGCAGUUUGCUCUUCAAUACAAUGACGAUGCUGUCCUCGACAGAGCUGCACAAUGCAAUGUACCGUGGCAUCACACGCGCAGCAAUGUACUUUUUUCAUACAAAUCCCUCUGGUCGCAUACUAAAUCGUUUCGCAAAGGAUUUGGGUCAAGUGGAUGAGUUGCUGCCAUGGGUUAUGAUGGAUGUCAUACAGAAUUUCCUGAGCUUAUUUGGUAUUGUCAUUGUAAUCACCAUUGUGAAUCCAAUGAAUCUCCUGGUGACGGCUGUGCUGGCGCUUAUUUUCUAUGCAAUGCGUUCGUUUUACCUAAAUACGUCGCGCGAUGUAAAACGUCUUGAAGCAGUUACACGUUCGCCCAUCUAUUCACACUUGAGCGCCUCACUUAACGGCCUACCGACGAUACGUGCUUUCGCCGCUCAGCAGAUGCUGAUUAAUGAGUUUGACAAUUACCAGGAUUUGCACAGCUCCGGCUAUUAUAUGUUUUUGAUAACAAAUCGCGCUUUUGGUUACUGGCUCGACUGUUUUUGUGCGCUCUAUAUAGCUGUUACCACGUUGAGCUUUUUGGUUUCCUCACCUGACAAUGGUGGCGAUGUUGGCUUGGCUGUGACUCAGGCCAUGGGCUUAACGGGCAUGGUGCAGUGGGGUAUGCGGCAGUCUGCUGAGCUCGAAAAUAGCAUGACGAGUGUAGAACGUUUAAUAGAGUAUGAAGAAAUAGAACCCGAAGGAGAACUUGAAAGUAAACCCAGUAAAAAACCACCGAAAACAUGGCCCGAACAGGGUAAAAUCGUAUUUGAUGAGCUUAGCCUACGCUAUUUUCCUGAUAUGAAAACAGAUCGUGUGUUGAAAUCGUUAAACUUUGAAAUACAGCCCUCGGAAAAGGUGGGUAUUGUGGGACGCACCGGCGCAGGCAAAUCAUCCCUUAUCAAUGCGCUCUUUCGCCUAUCGUACAAUGAGGGUUCGAUUAUUAUUGACACAAGAAAUAUUGAGGGGUUGGGUUUGCAUGAUUUGCGCAGCAAAAUCUCAAUUAUACCUCAAGAACCGGUGCUUUUUUCGGGUACAAUGCGUUACAAUUUGGAUCCAUUUGACGAAUAUUCAGAUGCCAAAUUAUGGGAAGUGCUUGAGGAAGUUGAACUGAAGGACGCUGUAGCCGAGUUGGCGAGCGGCUUACAGAGCAAAAUAUCCGAAGGCGGCAGUAAUUUCAGUGUCGGUCAACGACAGUUGGUAUGUCUGGCACGUGCUAUAUUGCGUGAAAAUAAAAUUCUUGUGCUGGACGAGGCAACGGCAAACGUGGAUCCACAGACUGAUGCACUCAUACAAUUGACAAUAAGAAGUAAAUUCAAAUAUUGCACGGUUCUCACAAUUGCGCAUCGUUUGCACACUGUCAUGGACUCGGAUAAGGUGCUGGUCAUGGAUGCUGGGCACGCAGUGGAAUUCGAUGCACCCUAUAAAUUGUUGACGGAAAGUGAAUCUAAAAUAUUCUACGACAUGGUCAAGCAAACCGGCAGUAGUACAUACGAUAAUCUACUCAUGGUAGCUCGAAAGGCUUAUGAACAGAAUCCUCGCUUGAAAAAUAAAACUGAAUAGACGGUCACAUCCAGCAGGACAGUAUGUCCGCCCAAGAAAUAUUUCCAUAUUGAACUAUUAUACUAUUUAAAGCAAACACUACUGACUAGAAGUAACAGCCAUUUAUUUGUCAACAGGAAAAUGUGUUUUCGCAAAUUAUAUGAAAUUUGGUGUAUUUGGAUGGUAAACAAAAAUAAAAUUAUUCAACUGACAUUAGACAAUACAUAACGUAAGCGUUUUAUGUUAGCGCUAAAUGAAUUUUACAGUAAUCAGUAAUGUUAAGAAGCAUGUGUUUAUACUUUAGUUAGGUCUAUGAAUAUGCUAUAGGAGAAUUUUUAUAAAAUUGCAGUGUAGUAAAUUAAUGGAAGCUUAAAAUAAGUACUUAUACAAUAUAUUUUUGAGAGAAUAACAAAUCUAUGCACAUACAUACUUAGAGACAUUUACUACAUAUAAUAUAAAUAUGUACCUAUAUACUUAUGAGCAUACAUACGCAUAUGCUUAAAUACUUAAGUUUCAGGAUAAAUAAUAUUACAAAAUGUACUACGUUAGUUUUAGUCGAUUAAAAAAUUGAAUAAAAGUAACCCUAUGGUAAAAUUAA